AUGAAGUUCUCUACCAUGUUCGCUGGCGCCUUUGCCGCCUUGGCUGUUGCUGCCCCGGCCCCGGCCCCGGCCCCCGAGACCGACUCCACGGCGCUCGAGGCGCGUCGCAAGUUCGAUGCCGGCAACCUCAACAACCUCAUCUUCAAGCAGCAAGACCUCAACUACUUGCUGAGCAUCAACUCUCUGGACCUGGGCCUCUUCCAGACUCUCGGCGUCAACAACAACCUUGACCUGCUCAUCUUCCAGGAGCUCUUCAAUGUUCAAGUCUUUGACAUCAACUCGUUGGUGCGAUUUGCUCAGCUGCAGACGCUCCUCGCCAUCUCGGGCACGGGUGUGUUCAAUGCCUUUGACUUGUCGACAUUGAACCUUGGCGGGCUCAACCUCGGUUUGAUCGGCGGCGUGGGCGGAGUCCAGCUGGGCCAGUUUAUUGAUGCCGGGGUCAUCCCCCAGAUUGGAGCCAUUGCUGGUGGCGUGAAAACGCCUAUCAUCCUGUAG